GGCCAUCUCAGUUUAUCACAUAAUAAUCACAUUCUUCCUCACUUCUCCUCUUGCGCUGUCGCCGGCUCUGUCUCCACUGGGAACUGGCCCUGUGACGCCGGCGAUUCUCCGUCUCAUCGCAUCCUCAGCUAGUCGGAUCCUCCGUACUCCUCCGUCUGCUCAGCGGCUCGUCGCCUCCAACCCUCUGCUCGGUCCGCUCCAGCCUCCAGUACUCCGCGAUUGAGCCGUGAGCGAGUCCUGAGUCCGCGUCUCCACCGGCCCCUCUAGCGACGCCCGGUGACCCCACCGCUCCAAUCCUCCGUCAUUCCACUCUCCUCGGCUCCUGCUGACUGCCUCACUGCCCAGUUGAUCUUAAGAGUUCAGCAAAGACAUAAGAUUAAGGAGAAUGGGCUAUGCACAGCUGGUUAUUGGCCCUGCAGGCAGUGGAAAGUCAACUUACUGCUCAAAUUUGCAUCGACAUUGUGAAGCCACACGACGAACAAUCCAUAUAGUGAACUUAGAUCCUGCAGCAGAGAAUUUUGACUAUCCAGUGGCUAUGGACAUCAGGGAACUGAUUUCGCUGGAUGAUGUUAUGGAGGAACUACAUCUAGGCCCUAAUGGUGGCCUUAUUUAUUGCAUGGAACACCUUGAAGAAAAUUUGGAUGACUGGCUAACAGAGGAGUUGGAUAAUUAUAUGGAUGAUGACUACCUAGUUUUUGACUGCCCAGGUCAAAUUGAACUCUUCUCACAUGUUCCUGUGCUGAAGAAUUUUGUGGAACACUUAAAGCGAAAGAAUUUCAAUAUCUGCGUAGUUUACUUACUUGAUUCUCAGUUUAUCACGGAUGUGACCAAAUUCAUUAGUGGUUGUAUGGCUUCCCUCUCUGCAAUGGUUCAACUUGAAUUGCCUCAUGUCAACAUUCUCUCAAAAAUGGACCUUGUGACAAAUAAAAAGGAUAUUGACAAUUACUUGAAUCCAGAGCCUCACUUGCUAUUGGCAGAUUUGAAUCAGCGCAUGGCUCCACAAUUUCAAAAGCUUAACAAAUCUUUAAUUGAGUUGGUGGAUCAGUUUAGUAUGGUCAGCUUUAUGCCGCUUGAUUUGAGGAAAGAGAGCAGUAUACAAUACAUCCUGUCACAGAUUGACAACUGCAUUCAGUAUGGUGAGGAUGCAGAUGUGAAGGUCAAAGAUUUCGACAACGAGGAGGAUGAUUAAACCUUCAUGUUUUUGGCGGUUUCGGAGAAGUUAAAAA